GCCGCACAGUUGACAAAUCAGUUCAGAACAAGAGUUCAAACAGAGCGCAACCCCAAACCCACAAUCAGCACCAUGAAAUUCGCCGUCGCUAUUGUCUUCACCCUGGCCCUCGCCAUGGGCGUGCAGUCUUCCGUGAUCCCCCUGCUGUCCCAGGUGGCUGGACAUGGUCUGUCCUACACCGCCGUAUCCGGACCCGCUGUGGUGGCCUCUCCCUGGGCCGUUCCCGCCGCCCACUGGCCCGCCGCCGUGAACGUGGCUUCCUGGCCGCCAGCAGUUCCCUCUGUGGCCAUCCAUGCCGCCGCCGCCCCCGCCGUGGUUGCCGCUCCCGCUCCCGCCGUCGUAGUGGCUCCGGUUGCCCAUGAGGGCGUCUACACUGCCCAGACCCGCGGAGCCGUGCACACCGCUCCUCUGGCCGGACACAUCCAGUCGGUGGCCUCCAUCAACGCCGCCCCCGCCCCCGGAACCCUGUAAGGAGGAUACUAUAUAAAAGCUAUAGAAUCCCUUUUCUGAUCGGACCCAAGCGCCUCUACCAUGGAAACUGCCAUCGAUGGGAAACCCCAUGAAUCUGAAAAAAGGGACCCCUCACCACCGUUUUGUAAAUACAUUGUAUAUAUAUAGACAUAUAUAGACAGGGUACUCGCACCUAGCACCUGAACAGGAUCCUUUCACACCUGUCCCAAAAAACUGAGCCAUCUAAAUUCCCUUUCGACCUAAGCACCCCGCCACUUUUGUGGUUGCCUCUUUCUCUCGCUUACCUAUUUAUCAAGCAUACAUUUUCCAAGCAUUCCUGUGAAAAACCACUCCAAGCUUUCCUUCGAGGGAAUGCCAAGUUCAUUCUGGAGGAAACGUUUGACCAUUCUGCCAAUAAAGAAAAUGUAACUAAAAUAUAAA